ACCCGGCCGCUGCCGGUCGGUCCGCUGGUUGGUCGGUUAGUUGGUCGGUGGGUCGGUGGCCUAGAGCUCGGUUCUCGGCUCUCAUGUUCGGAGGUGGGAGGGACACGGGAAACGCCCGCACACCUGAGCUGCCCGGAGAGGAUCCCCGUACCCAGUGAGAAGGAGGAGACUAAGCAGGGAAAAGGACUCAUGGCUUCUGAUGCGAGUCACGUGCUGGAAGCUGCCCUGGAGCAGAUGGACGGGAUCAUUGCAGGCACUAACACGGGGGGAGAUAUUAGCGAUGGUGCCUGUGAGCCUGGACUGGCCUCCGCGGCUUCCUACAUGAACCCCUUCCCGUUGCUCCGUCUCGUCGAGGACUUGAGGCUGGCCCUGGAGACGCUGGAGCAUUCUCAGGAGAGAGCAGCCCUCCUGAGCCAGAUCCCCGGCCCCACAGCUGCCUACCUAAAGGAGUGGUUCGAGGAGAGCUUGUCCCAGGUAAAUCACCACAGUGCUGCUAGUAAUGAAACGUACCAGGAACGCUUAGCACGUCUAGAAGGAGAUAAGGAGUCCCUCAUAUUACAGGUGAGCGUCCUCACAGACCAAGUGGAAGCCCAAGGAGAGAAGAUUCGGGACCUGGAAGUGUGUCUGGAAGGACACCAGGUGAAACUCAAUGCUGCUGAAGAGAUGCUUCAACAGGAGCUGCUAAGUCGUACAUCUCUUGAGACUCAGAAGCUCGAUCUGAUGACUGAAGUGUCUGAGCUGAAGCUCAAGCUGGUGGGCAUGGAGAAGGAGCAGAGAGAGCAGGAAGAGAAGCAGAAAAAAGCAGAGUCGGUUCUGAAUGUGAUCGGUGAGCUGCAGCAGCAGAUGUGUAGGCUGCAGCUGGACAUCCACAGGCAGAUUCAAGAGCGCCUCUCACUCAGUAGGGACCACCCUGAGGAGGUGGCAGCCGACGACGGUGCGGCCCGGCCCCAGCCCUGCGGCCAGGAGUGUGCCCGUUGGGAGGGGUCACCUGAGUUACUGCAGGAGCUCCGGCACCUCAAAAUCAAGGUGGAAGAGCUGGAAAAUGAACGGAACCAGUAUGAAUGGAAACUGAAGGCCACCAAGGCUGAGGUAGCCCAGCUGCAAGAGCAGGUAGCCCUGAAGGAUGCAGAAAUUGAGCGUCUGCACAGUCAGCUCUCCCGGACUGCAGUUCUGCACAACGACCAUGCAGAGAAAGACCAAGAAAUCCAACGUCUGAAAAUGGGGAUGGAAACUUUGCUUGUUGCCAAUGAAGAUAAGGACCGUCGGAUAGAGGAGCUUACUGGGCUGUUAAACCAGUACCGAAGGGUGAAGGAGAUCGUGAUGGCGACUCAAGGGCCUUCAGAAAGAACUCUCUCAAUCAAUGAGGAAGAACUGGAGGGAGGUUUCAGAAACUGGAACACUGCAAAUAAAGGCCCUGAAGAACUUUUUAAACCAGAGGUAUCUCCAAGAGGUAGCUCUCCCACGGCGGGACCACCCCCGCUACCGCAGAAAUCACUGGAAACCAGGGCUCAGAAAAAACUCUCCUGUAGUCUCGAAGACCUGAGAAGUGAAUCCGUGGAUAAGUGCGUCGGUGGGAACCAGCUGUCCCCAGUGGUAGAACCCAAGGACGGCCCUUUCCUGGUGGAGCACAAGUACCCCACGUUACCUGGGAAGCUUUCAGGAGCCACGCCCAACGGAGAGGCUGCCGGAUCUUCUCCCACUGCCUCCCCACAUGACCCUGCAGGGAGCGGCCUGCUGAGGCUGAAUCGUGGCCGGAGUGUCAGUGCCCCCGUGCUAGGAGACACGGAAAGUGGUUGGGAUGACACUGCUGUGGUCAAUGACCUCUCACCCACGUCCUCGGGCACCGAGUCCAGCCCCCAGUCUCCCCUGACACCAGAUGGUAAACGGAGCCCCAAAGGCAUCAAGAAAUUCUGGGGAAAAAUCCGAAGAACUCAGUCAGGAAAUUUCAACACCGAUGCCCCAGGGGUGGCCGAGUUUCGACGAGGUGGAUUCCGGGCAACUGCAGGGCCAAGACUCUCUAGGACCAGAGACCCCAAGGGUCAGAAAAGUGAUGCCAACGGCCCCUUCGCCCAGUGGAGCACAGAGCGUGUGUGUGCAUGGCUGGAGGACUUUGGCCUGGCUCAGUACGUGAUCUUUGCCAGGCAGUGGGUGACUUCUGGCCACACGUUACUGACAGCUACCCCUCAGGACAUGGAAAAGGAGCUGGGAAUUAAGCACCCUCUUCAUAGGAAAAAGCUGAUUUUAGCAGUGAAAGCUAUCAACACCAAGCAGGAGGAGAAGUCUGCACUACUGGACCACAUCUGGGUGACACGUUGGCUUGAUGAUAUUGGCUUACCCCAGUACAAAGACCAGUUUCACGAAUCCAGAGUCGACGGGCGAAUGCUGCAGUACCUGACUGUGAAUGAUCUACUUUUCCUAAAAGUCACCAGCCAACUACAUCAUCUCAGCAUCAAAUGUGCCAUUCACGUGCUGCAUGUCAACAAGUUCAACCCUCACUGCCUGCACCGGCGGCCAGCUAAUGAGAGUAAUCUUUCUCCUUCAGAAGUUGUGCAGUGGUCCAACCACAGGGUGAUGGAAUGGUUGCGGUCCGUGGACCUGGCGGAAUAUGCGCCCAACCUUCGUGGGAGUGGUGUCCACGGAGGUCUCAUUAUCCUGGAGCCGCGCUUCACUGGGGACACGCUGGCCAUGCUUCUCAAUAUCCCCCCACAAAAGACACUCCUCAGGCGUCACCUGACCACCAAAUUCAACGCCUUGAUUGGCCCUGAGGCUGAGCAGGAGAAGCGAGAGAAGAUGACUUUACCUGCUUACACGCCGCUGACCACCACAGCCAAAGUCCGGCCAAGGAAACUGGGAUUUUCACAUUUUGGAAACAUAAGAAAAAAGAAGUUCGAUGAAUCGACAGACUACAUUUGCCCAGUGGAGCCCAGCAACGGUGUCGGUGACAGUCACAGGGUCUGUAUUGGCUACCAGGGCCUCAGCCCCCUCGAUGCCCCUGAACUGGAUGGACUGGACCAGGUGACCCCUUCGGAAGGCACCCUGAUGCAGAUAGGGCUCCUCUCCCAAGACAUUCACCGCCUCACGACCAUGCUCAGCCAGGACCAGCUGCUGACCGACUCCCGCCUGGCCGCUCCCAGCUCUGAGGACUGGUGAUGACUGUCUUAUCGCUGGCAGCCCAGAGAGGCACGUGUGACGGCCUGAGUCCGCUUCGAUGGGGAGCUGACCCAUGGCCACCCGUGGAGCCCAGCUGGGCUGCAGGGCAUCUCCAACAUGGGUGCUGAUGGGACAAAGCGGGGCUGUGGAACAGAUGUCCAGGAGGUGGCCCACAUGUCUUCAACUGUGCGGUGCUCUUCGUUACAGCUUUUAUACCUUUUGUACUUUUAUACGUGGACUGCAGACCACUUUUGUGGGGAGGGCGAUGAGACGCCAGCACAGACCCAAUGACUCACGCCAUCCCUGGUGACAGCUGGGGGUUCUUACACCCAAGGGGAAGGGCCGUGAGUCAUAAAAGCUUUGCUGGAAAAAUAAUUCUGAAUGUUCCGAGCAGGGCGAAAUGGUAGGAAGCCCCCUCCUGGGCUGCUUCCAUACAGAAAUGCAUAUUCUAUUUCCUUUCCCAGGAAUCUGGCUGGAGUGACAGCAGGGAAGGAGUAACGGACUCCCUUCCUGCUGUCCUCAAGCCACCCUUGUCUGCAAUGGUGUCUCAGGGCUGCGGGGCCUCCCAGCACCUGAGCACAGGUGUCUUCGAAGCCUUUCCCUUCUCAGCCUCAGAGGCAACUGUCUGAUCAAACGGCAACCCCCUCUCCCAGCCACCCCGAGGAGGGCCCUCAGGCACCCAAAUCAGCGUUUCCACCGCAACACAUCUCAGGUAUGCCCCACCUCAGGGAGAGGGACCUGCACACAGACCCCACACAGUCCCCUCCCAACCAGCCUUCCCCCUUAGCGAUGGUCCUUCUUCCUCCCUGUGGUGGCCUCUGGCCUCAUCUCUAUCUAAUUUCCAUGGUGGGUCUCCUACUUGGUCCCUCACCCUUCCUUUCCAGUUAGUCCCCUCCAGGUGUUCUCCACCCCAUCCCCAGAGGGACCUUCCCAAAGCACUGUUUCAUCCUGUUCCCUGCUAAGAACUCAGUUCCACAACUACCACAGAUUAGCGUUCAAAAGCCUGAGCUGAAUCUUCGGCCUUCCACGCUCUAGCCUGUGCUCCUGCCUUUCCCUCCCCGUGGAAUGUGCUUUUCUCCUAGUCUCUGUCACAAAGCUGAAUCCUGCCUGCUGAGGUCCAGAACAGCCCCAGCCUCUUUCAGGAAGCCUUCGCUGGUGUUUGUUAGGGUUGGAGGUGUCUCUCUGUCCCACGGUGCUGACCUUGGGCCCGAGCACUUCCUGGCUCACCUUGAAGUAACGUGUCACCUUUCUCCCCUUCCACACCUAUCCUCAACACAACCUCACCGAGCACCGCUAUGGAUGGGUUCCCGUACAGACAGGAGUAAGACCCAGUCCUAGCCCUCUGAUGGCCCAGGAGAUCCAUGAUGCUAAGUUCAUCCGCUCAUUCCCUCACAUGUGCAGGUUGAGUACCUCCCAUUCUGGGCUAAGGAGCACUGGGGCUACAGGCAUGAAUGUCAAGGUCCUUGCCUGAGGGUGGGGAUGGUGCACUGUGGGAGUACAGAUCUGUUUCAGACAAGAGUGUGCUGAACGAUACAGAUGCUCCAAUAGGAGCGCCUACAGCCCCAAAGAGCAAACUGUCAUUUUUAAUGGAGGGCUGGGGACAAGGACUGAAAAGCCUCCAAGGAGAGGUGCUACUUGAAUUUUGAAAGAUGAAUCCGCUUCCUCAAGUAUGCCAGAGGGGAAAAGCACUCCAGGCAGAGGGACCUGAAACAACCCAGCACAUCCAAGGAAGUACCCGAGGUCAAUAUGAUGACAGCAGAAUUUCCUGACCUCUGCACUGCUGUCAUUUGGGGUUGGGUAAGUCAUUGUGCUCGGGGCUGUCCUUGGCCUCUUAGCAGCAUCCUUGGCCUCUCCCUCUACCCUCUAGGUGCCAAUAGCACCCCUCUAGUUGGGACAACCAAAAAUGUCUCCCCACAAAAUCACCUCUAGCUGAGAACCAGUGGGCCAGAGAAUGGGGUCAGAGUGGGAGGCCCAAGGAAGGAAGAAUCGGGUGAGGUCACCUGGAGCCAGAUCGAGAAAAAGGCUUUGUAAGCCAGGCUCCUGAAAUUUAUCUUGGGGACCCAGGGUGUCCGGAUACGGACUAGUGAAAGCAGUGAGAGGUUUAAAGCAGGGGACAGGCAUGGUUGUGAUUGGUGUUUAAGAAAAACAUCUGAGGGUAGGACCUUCGAUGUGCAGUGCCCAGCAUUGAUUGCAGUGCCCAGCCUUUCUCUGAGUAGGAAACUCAUUAGGAUGAGCUCAACAGGUGGACAGACGAAGGCUAAGCUGCCGCCUCCCCCCGUCCACCUGAGAGACGUCCUGUGUUAGGCCACCCCAUGGGCACUACACAGCUGUACUUCACAGAAUUCUCUCAAGCCAUGUUCCUUUCUCUCUCCUGUAUCCCUUUGCCCCACCCUCUGACGCACAUACACGUGUGUAAGAAAUCCUGUGACACCAGUUUUUGCAAAAAGGGAACACCUUGGGGUUAAACUCAGGUUUGAAGCCCAGCCCUGCCGCCUAAUGGCUGAAUGACCUGGGGAUAGUAAUUUCAUCUCUAAGCCUCAGUUUCCACAUCUGUAACUUGGAGAACAAAAUCCCCACAGAAUUUCUGGUUCAUUAUCAGAAUUAUAUAAAAUGAAGAGCGGGUGGGGAGAGCAGCCAAGAUGGCAGAGUAAAAAGACCCAGAGCUCACCUCCUCUCAGGAGCGCCCCAAAAUCACAACUAUCUGCAGAACAACCAUCAAUGAAAAAGACUGGAACCUACCAGAAAGGAUCUUCUACAGCUAAAGACAGAAAGAAGGAACCACAACAAAACAGAGAUUCUCCCACAGGAGCAAGAGCUCUGAGCCCAUCAGGCUACCAAGCCCGGGGGUCUAGCACUGGGAAGAUGAGCCCCACCAGAGCAAUUGUUUUUGAAGGCCAGUGGGGCUUAAUUGCAGGAGCCCCCUAGGACCAGGGGAAACAGAGACUCCACUCAAAGGGCACACAGCAAAAGUAAUUUGGGUCUCCUACAAGAGAAGAAAGAGUGCACAUGGAGGGCGCCUGAGCCCUCUGAUAGGUGUGACCUUAAAAACAACACUCUAGAAAGAGGGGUUGAAGAGAAAUUGGGAGUUGACACGACCCCCCCUUGGAUUCUCCUGGAGUUCUGCCCCAGUAUUUUUGACCAUUGUGACCCCCCCAAGGACACAAGAUGCCAAUUUACAUGUGGGGCAGGUCAAGGCCUUCUACCUGUCUAGCAGGUCCCCCACAGAGCCACACUCAAUGGCUAUCUGCUUUGCACUGAAUUUUAUGUCACCAAACUAUGGAAAAAGAUACUGAAAUGGAAUUCCUUCAAGCCUCUUCAAGCAAGGAGGCCUCAGAAGCUACUUUAGAGAGGAGGGAGUGCCAGUGUACACAAAGACGCAUUACGAGGGGCUUCUGAACACUUCCCAGUAUAACAUGGUGAAGCUGAGCUCACCGUGAAACAUGAACGGGACCAGGCAAAUUUGCUAAGAGCAAGGGAGGCAUUAGUAGGUGAAAAUCAUGUCCUUGGUGUAACCCAGUUUCUCUAAGUUAGCGUGCACGGCUCUCUGGAUCAGGGGUGGUGGGCCACACACCAGGAUGAACGAGAACCUCCCGGGAGGAGGGAGACGCCCCUUGAUCGUGUCCUCAGUAAUGAAGACUGACUGUACUUCCAGCCUGAGAUUAAGCAGAAAAAAGCUGUUGCGGGGGCCAGGUUGCGUCCCUGACCCCAGGCCCCCUGCCCGCCCUCCCUCAAGCCGGGAAGAGGAACACAAGGCUAUUCGCCAAGGCUUAGACAUCUGCACUACUGCUCUCCGCAGAAAGCUGGGAGUAGAGGACGUGGGGGGCCCAGAGAGCCCUUUUCAGUAUUUACCCCAGACCCCAGGCUCACUGCUGGGGCUCUGAGUCCCUGGCUGGUGUCUGCCUGCUGUAAGCACCGGCACGGGUGAACGCCACUGUGAGACAGAUGCACCGGGGUGCGGCGUGAAUCGAGGCCGUGAGCAGGAGCUGUGCCGGGCAGAGGGUGCUGUGGUUGUUUGAGGACUGGCUCGUUUGCGUGGCGCCCUCUGCUGGGCAGUGAGCUGUACAACGAGGCAGGCACAGCUCAGCGCUGAGUGAGAGAGGCAGCCUGUCAGCGUGAGGGCUCUGCGGGGUGCAGCGUGUGCGGUGGCGGCCGGGGCUCAGCUUAUGAGGACUGCUGUCCUAGGUGAGGUGCGGGGUGCAGGGUGAAAGGGUCAGUGGCCGUACAGGAGGCAGUGUGAGUGAUGGCUCUGUGGGAUGCCGUGUGGAGUGGGUGUUCAGGGUGGCCCGGGGCCUCAGGGUCCCCCCUGACGUUCAGAGUAGUGCGUGGAGUGCCGCUGAGAUAUCGGACACCUACCCUCUACCGCCCUUACAAGCAGGUCAUCCCAAAUCCUCUCUCCCUCAAAUUCCUGCAUUUCCCAAGUAGAGACAUAGUCCAAGGCCUCAGCCACCCAGCCCAGAACCAACCAACCCAGGGACUGGCCCCUGACUGGUUCAAGGGUUGGAGCUGACCCACGGUGGGGACAACGGGGACCUUACCAACAGGAGGCCUGUCCAGGGUGUACCACAGGUUGAACUGCUUUGGGUGAGUUCUAUCAACUUCUUCAAGCUCCUUUCUCACCAAGAUCUCCUCCUGUGUCUAGAAAAGAAGCAACAUGAGCCUCACCCCUCCAGGGCAUCCUGCUUGUUCCCCAGACUCAGUACACAGGUCAGCACAUUCCCGCCCAGCCACCCCACUCUAGCUGGAGUGCUCCCUGCAGACUCCGGGCCAAAGAGUUCUGCUGAGGCUCCGACACAACAAACGCCCUCUUGUGGAGGGAGGCGUUGGGUGACUGCCCUCCAGCUGGAAGGCUGUGUCUGAACACUGGGGGUCCCAGCCCAGUUCCUGCAUCCACUCUGAGCGCCAGGCAAGGCAAACCAGACUGGCCCAGGAUCUCCUGCAGGGAAUGCGAGCGGCUAAGGCAGUGAUAUAUGACACGAUAUAUAUAACCUAUGGCACUGGAGAGCUACAGCAGAGGAAGACGGAGGCUGUAGCCUCUGCUGGGGAAAGUGCACAAAGCCAAAAGAUCUGUUGCAGGCUCAGAGAUGCUGCACACAAGAGCUGGACCGUAAAACUCGUCAUGAUCCUUGUCCCAACAAUUCCACUUCUGCGAUUCUGUUUAACAAAAUAAUCUAAGCCUAGGCACAAUUAUUCAUCACUGUAUCAUUUAUAACUGUGAAAACUGAAAACAACCUGAAUGGAGGAGAAGAUUUAGUAAUGAUGGUGAGACUUGAUCUAGACUGAUGAAAAUAUUUAUAAAGAGUUUUAAUGAGAAGAAAAUGCCUGUGUGGUAAUGUUGAGUAAAAAAACUAAAAAUGAAAAACAAUAUAUAUAUAUAAUUGUGAAUAUAUAGCAUGUAUAGAGCAAACAUAAA